ACCUUCCGCCUCAUAGUAUAUCCUCUUAACCCGAUUCGUAGCUUUUACUACCUGAAGGCCCAAUCAAAAUGCAAUUCUCAAAACUUUUUGUUGUUUUUACUAUUCUUAUUGUUGCAUUCGCUGGUCAGAGUGAAGCUAGUUGGUGGAAGAAAGUCUUCAAGCCAGUAGAGAAGCUUGGUCAACGAGUUCGUGAUGCUACCAUUCAGGGACUCGGAAUUGCUCAGCAAGGUGCGAAUGUUUUGGCAACCGUGCGAGGAGGCCCUCCGCAAUGAUUGUUUGGACAAAUUAAUGCAUAUUUGUAUUUAUUUACAAGUCCCUUCCAAUACCGUCCUAUUUAUCAGAAAUAAAUACAGAGAUUAAUCAUAAAAAUGGUUCUAUAAACGUUUCAAUCAUA